GUGUGAGAUUUUCAGCGCUGGUAAGUAUCUCAGCUUACUGCGUUUUAUAGCGACCAACAGGUUCCAACAGAAUUCGACUUCUCUUACAACGCAAUGAGGCAAGCAUAUGACCGAGGAAUUGCAAGGCAGACCAUGAGUCGACAUCACCCUCAUGGAGAAUGGGGAUAUUAUAAACCACAAAUUCAAGGGUUUCCCAAUUCUGAAGAUGUAAGAUUAGGAACAAACUUAUGCCUACCUAUGUCAAAUCUUCCAGACAAUAUGAGACCAACCAGAGAGCUAUACAAACUCUUCGUCAAUGGGAUGCAUUCUGAUAUGACAGAGAAUGGCUUGCGACAUAUCUUCAGCAACUAUGGCAAUCCUAUAUCUAUAAAAUUAUUCAGGACAAAUAAUAACCCUCAUCAACCUAUCGCUUUUGUGGAAUUCGAAUCUCAAUAUGAGGCAGAUAAUGCAAUUGUUGCACUGGAUGGAAGACCACCUCUCAAUUGGGAGGUUGUAUACGCUAACAGCCGCUUAAGCGAAAAACUUCCGCAUGGUGAACAAGAUUCGGUAAGCCUUGCAAUAGCAUCGCUAGUUGGAAGACAAACCGAUCUCGUUCAAAGAAUUGGUGAAUUCACAAAACCCUCAUGGUCCAGGCAGUCUCCUUGUUCUAUCGACACUGAAUCUUCUUUGGGAACUAUGCAUCGAAAAAGUAUCUCGCCAGAUAUGCAGCUGCAAUGCCGUUUUUGUCAAGUAUGUGGAAAACAUGCUUCAUUUGUCUGCACUGUUUGCAAGAUCCGUUAUUGCUCUUUCGGAUGCCAGAGUAGGGAUUGGCCUACACAUCAAGCAGUAUGCAAACCACCGCCAGCCUUGUUACAGGAAAUUCCACAUGGUGCUGGGUCUCUGAAAGGAGUUGUUUCCAAGCCUUUCCAUGGUUAUCCAGCUAUUUCAAGCUGUCUUCCACAAAACGAAAUACCGUUGGUUACCCCGCCCGAAAAUCAAAUCUACUCAAACAAUUAUUAUUCGGAUCAUCGUGAGAAUAUCGGUACUUUUGAAGUUACCAGCCCCGAUUUAUACUUGAUCAAGAGGACACACCCGCUAGACCGAGCGAAGAUAUCAAUACCCCUUACCUCUGAAGUGUCUGGGUCAGUACAUCGUAAUACAGAUGACCGAGGAGAAAUAACAAAUUCUGUUGCGGCGAUGAACAUGGGGGAUGCAAUCAAAUCUUUGUCCAUCAAUAAAGAGCAUAAACGCUCUGAGAGCAACUGGGACAGUAUUGGCCAACGACUUUCAUCGCAGCUCAGUUCACCCAAGUCCAACUGUAACAGUGAUGAAACCACUCUUGCCGAAACUUCUCAAAGCAACUAUGACACACCAAAAAACUAUCUUAACAAUGGUUUUGCACCGAAAAACAGGCCUGUUGUCGCAAAUAAGCUACAGUGUGAUGUUGAAUCGCCACCAGUAGUCACACCUCAUAGCUUUUGUCCGGGAAAUUAUUCACCAAAAACUGCUUCUAUAUCGCAUUCGUGCGAAGUGUCACAAACGCGAUCAUCUGAAACGGUCAAAAUCUACGCCAAGAAGUACGUCUCCACAGAAUUAAAACAGCAAUUGGUCGAUCCAAGCGAAGUGAAUGUCUGUUCUGCGAAAUCGCCAGAUGAAUUUUAUGUCCAGUUUUAUCGUUUUCGGAAGCUGCUGGAAGAAAUAAUGGUAAAUGUGGCCACAUCGGCCCCGAAUUCUAAUCCGUUGGACAAUCCGGUGGAAGGCUUGCCAUGUCUCGCUCUUUUUCCUGAGGAUCGCUGUUGGUAUCGGGCUGAAAUAUUGAAGAUGCUGCCAGAUGGUAUUGGAAUUCGCUACGUGGACUUCGGAAAUACCAUUUUAAUGUCCAACACUCGGGAGCACCUUAGAAUGAUGGAACUCUCGCUAGCGCAGCACCCAUUUUGUGCUGUCAAGGUAAAAUUGGCUAAUGUUUUACCCGUCAGUGGAAUUACGUGGAAUUCAUACGUCAAAAGGAAGUUCAAAGAACUGAUAGAAAACAAACGAUUCCUAAUGGAUUUCGCCCAAAUGGAUGCUGAUGUGAUGUGUGUUCGGCUGAAGAAUCAGGAUGGAUCUGAUUUUCUUUCUCAUUUGGUUCGGGAAAAGCUCGUUAAAAAAGCAAUGUUGGAAGUUUCAGAUGAACUAGAUCAAAUUUCGCCAGCGGUUGAAAUUCCACUAGAAACACCUCCUCGGGAAACAGUCGCAGAUGUGCUGAAGCCGUCAGUCGUUUGUUCUCAGGUUCUAGAGGAAAACAUGAUUGUCAAAAGUAAACAUCAACUGGAAAAUACCGAAAAGGGGAUUAUUAGCUGCGUUCGCACGACAUUGAUGGAAAAGAAUGCUCUACCAUCAGAAGCUAACUGUGUUAAGACGCCCGAUCGAAUGGAACCCUAUAUAACCGAAAAUGAAUUAGCCCUGUGUGAAACCAUGGAAAACUCGCAAGAGCCAUUGGAGAACAAUGUACCGGCACUGUCUCCAAGCCAAAUGACUGAAGAGCGAGCUGAUCGCCCUAAUGCUGCGUCUUUGCCCUCCGAAGGAAAAAUAUCUGAAGAUGGAACGUCUGAUGAAUUUUUCUAUGACGACGGCCCAUUCUUGGACUUACCGGAGAAAGAAAGUUUUCACGCUCUGAUUAUUAAAGCAGAAGAUCCUCAACUUAUAAUGCUGCGUGUUCAAAACAACGAAAUUUCAACGAAACUAACAAAGUUGCAGGAUGAAAUUUCACUUUACGCAAAUGGCAUAGCUUGUGGUUACCACCCCAAAUUGAAUGAAGUCUGCUUAGCGCGUUUUCCUGGUGGCCGAUGGUAUCGAGCAGUUUGCCUUAAUGUUAUUCCUGACCGACAGCCAACGGGAACUCGCUAUUUAUGCAACCAAGUUGACUUUGGCGAAAUGAACAUCCUUGAUGCUAGCAAAAUCAGACGUGCCAAAAAGUGGAUGAUCGACUUACUGCCCUAUCUGACGCAACACGCUAUUCUCGAAGGGACGGAUUCCAUGGAGCAAAUGGAACCCAAGCUUAUCGAACGGUUUGCCCAAAUUCUACCCGAACAUUCGGUCGUUGAUGUCAAUGUUGUUAACCGUCUAGGUAUGUCUUACGUUGUCCGUAUCCCAAAGGUCAAUGCAACUUUGGCUUUCGAACGGUUGCUUUAGCUGGGAAUCAAACAGUUUUGCCAUAGUUGACAUGUUUAUCUUUGGUAUGCUAAUUCAACUUUCUACGUUCUUCACCUAUGUUCUUUUUCAUGUCGUUGAAGCGUUGGACGAUUUUUCAGUGACUGAAGGGCCCAGCAGGCAUGUGUAAUCUUUUGAUUUGUUGUGUUAAAAAGAGUUACUCUUCACGAAAUUGAAACUGUUUUUUUUCUGUUGUCUUUUUUAAAGUGUGUUGAUUUACCGUGUGUGAAGUUAUGUACAAAGCAAUUUUUCUUAAAAUCCAGAAUAUGCAGAUCUUUCCAUCA